UUCCGGUUUCCCUCCGCGAGUGCAGGUCACUCCCUCCCAGCUACCAGUAGACAGCUCUAGGCGUUUAGAACCAGAACCGAGCUCCUCUGCGGCUUCAUCUAAGCGGACUGAAGUGCUAUCUUUCGGUUUGCAAGUGUUUUUUCGAGGCUACUUUGAGGAACUACCGUGUUUAUUGUUGAAGAAGCAGAGCGGCGGAAGGAAAUGUCCAGCUGAGUCCAGCAGUGUUGGAAGUCCUAAGAAGCGACCGCUGUGGCCUAUUUUUUUGUAAUGAUUGAUCAAUGCUUCCAUUAUGGCACUGAAGGCACAGGUUUUAUAUGACUUUACUGCGGAGCCCGGGAACAAUGAGCUGACAGUGAAAGAAGGCGAAACCAUCACUAUCACCAAUCAGAAUGUUGGUAGCGGCUGGAUUGAAGCACAGAACUCCAGAGGGGAGGUCGGACUGGUGCCGGAGGACUACAUAGAGCUCAACAAGUCGUCAUUCCCCGGAGCGGCAACCACAGCACCGACUCCCAGCGUCGGAAACGUCGCAACCUCGGACCUGUCCUUCUUUGACGCCUUCGCUCCUGCAUCGACACAAAACCAGGUGGAUGCUAGGGGUUUGAGUCCCCAGCCUGACACCCCUGACACCCCAGUUUCCCCCUACCUUGCGUCCCCUCAUGAGGCUAGCAAUGGCAAUGAUCCCUGGUCGGCGUGGAACACAGACCCCUCGGGGGGCGCCUCCAACAACUGGGCAUCUAAUCCAGAGGGCACCCAGACUGGCAAGACGGUCGCUGGUGACUCCUGGGGAGGCUCGGCACCUCAGGGUCACCCUCAGGCUUACCAGGGUCCUGGGGCCGACGACGACGAGUGGGAUGACGAGUGGGACGACAUGAAGUCCACCGGGGGUUACGGCGAGUCUGAAUCUGGAGAUGCCGGAGCCAUGCAGCGAGGCGCAGCUCACGCAUCGAUGAAACUCAAGUUUCCGGGGUUUUCCAAGUCUGGUCCUGAACUGUACCUACUAUGCAAGCAGAUUGCAAAGGGCAAAGACAAGCUACCAAUUUAUGUCGGAGAAGUGGGUCCGGUGUGGCUUUAUCCGGAAUCGCAGCUGGACUGUGUGGUCGCUGACCCCAAGAAAGGAUCAAAGAUGUACGGACUCAAGAGCUACAUCGAGUACCAAAUCAUGCCCAAUACCACAAACCGCCCUGUCAAUCACAGAUACAAGCACUUUGAUUGGCUGUAUGAGAGGCUGCUGGACAAAUUUGGCUCCGCCAUCCCCAUCCCCUGCUUACCAGACAAGCAGGUCACAGGGCGCUUUGAGGAGGAGUUCAUUAAGAUGCGAAUGGAGCGGUUGCAGGGCUGGAUGAGCAGGAUGUGCAGGCACCCGGUGGUUUCCAGCAGCGAAGUCUUCCAGCUUUUCCUCACGUACAAGGACGAGAAGGACUGGAAAAUGGGGAAGAGAAAAGCAGAAAAGGAUGAAACGGUGGGAGUGAUGAUCUUUACUACGAUAGAGCCAGAAGCUGCAGACUUGGAUCCUGUAGAAGUAGAGCAGAAAUGCGAGCAGUUCAGCAGGUUUACCAAAGCAAUGGAUGACGGAGUGAAGGAAAUCCUCACAGUGGGAAACGAGCACUGGAAGCGAUGCACAGGACCUCUGCCAAAGGAAUAUCAGCGGAUUGGUAAAGCCUUCCAGAACCUCUCCUCAGUGUUCACCAGCAGUGGAUAUCAAGGUGAGUCGACGCUGACUGAUGCCAUGACGGCAGCGGGGAAGACCUACGAGGAGAUAGCACAGUUGGUAGCAGAGCAGCCCAAGAAAGACCUCCACUUCCUCAUGGAAACUAACAACGAGUACAAAGGUCUGCUCGGAUGCUUCCCGGAUACCAUCGGAGUCCACAAGGCGGCCAUCGACAAAGUGAAGGAAGGCGACAAGUUGGUGGCCACCAGUAAAAUAACCCCUCAGGAAAAGGUCACCAUGGCCAAACGAGUCAGCACCAUGUCUUACGCCUUGCAAGCGGAGAUGAACCACUUCCAUAGCAACCGUAUCUACGACUACAACCGCGUCAUGCAGCUGUACCUGGAAGAGCAAGUCAAGUUUUACGAGACGAUUGCUGCAAAGCUGAGACAAGCUCACGGUCAGUUCACUACAAUGUGAAGGCGACAGUCCACCAGCAACGAUAAGAGCUCCACCUCCCAAAUAUUCUCACUUAACUGCUUGAUUUCCAACUUUCUUCUUCUUUUUUUUUGUGUGAAAAUUUCUCUUAUCUUUCUGACACUUUAAACCACAGCAGUGAUUGCGGAUGAUGACAUGCAACUCUUCCUCUUUUUUAAGAGACGGGAACAAAACACGCAAAGCACAGUUUACACAACUGAGAGUUUCUGUCAAGACGAGCAAAUUGAAUGUCAGAAUAGUUGAGGGGAGGGAGGGGGGGUCUCACAUUGAAUGCAGCAUUGAAGUAGUGAUUCACUGUUACCGCGGCCUUUUCAUGUCACUAGCGUCCCUCUGUCCCGUGCCUUCUUUUCUUCCUGCACUUCCUCUCUGCCUCUACAGGAAGCCCCGCCCCUUCCUGUCCUACUCAUGUGCCUUAUUUGUCUCAAUUUCUGCAUUCGUUUACAUUUCACGAGAAAAUGGAAAAAAAAACAGUUUUUACAUGAAGGAAUAACGCUGCUUAAAGAACAGCGGCUAAGUUAAUGAGGGCGGAGCUACAGAUCACAUCACGUAUGCAGUUUUUUUUUUUUUGCUUUCAAUCAUUCAACGUUUUGUUCACUUUUCUUUUACUAUCACGUGAUACCCAAAUAUAGUAUAUGUCUAAAUACUUAAAUAGAACUAUUUAAAGAGCACGCUGACUGGCAUCACGGGUGCAGGUGUACAAUGGCCUUUGCUAAGAUAACGUAGCGUAGUUGCUGUUGAAGAAUUAUUAUAACGCCCCUACAAUCAAUCCAAACAGUGCUCCAUUGUCUUUGCAAAGGCAGAGUUCAUUAUGUGAAGGCUCUUUUAUUUGUACAUGUGUGCCUCAUGACGUGUCUGGUGAGUGUACAUAUCAAAUAAUAAAUAUACACACUAUUCU